AUGCAAGUCACAAUUUCUUCCUCGCGCCCAGGCGGGCAUCCAUCAAACCAUCAUCCUCCUCUCAGGGGAUGGGGGAAUAGUCGAUGUAGUCGACGCGAUAUACAAUACCCCGUGUCACUCAAUCACCCGGCCCAUCAUUGCCUUGGUCCCAACAGGAACUGGAAAUGCAAUGCUAGUUCCCUGGGACUCACGCCAUAUCCAACAUCCUGGUUGAAAGAGCUUCUGCGAGGAAGACCAAAGCCUUUACCGACCUUCGGUGCCAAGUUUUCACCCGGCGCGCAAUAUGUCACCGAGGAAGGCCGUGCUCGGUCUAGUAUAAGUGCCAACCUCAAAACUAAGUAUGAAGUUCCGAAGGUACAUGGUGCGGUUGUUGCAAGCUGGGGCAUACAUGCCGCCUUGGUUGCCGAUAGUGAUACCACUGAGUACCGCAAAUUCGGUGCUGAUAGGUUUAAAUUGGCUGCAGAGGAACUUCUCUUCCCUCCAAGUGGUACCGAGAGCCAUAGAUAUGCCGGUACAAUUAGUCUCACCAGAUGGGAUAGUCAGGCUAACAGCAAAUGUGUGGAGACCAUGGAGAUCCAAGAACACAUGUAUGUGCUGGUAACGAUGGUCCCUAGACUUGAAAGAGAUUUCGUGAUCUCGCCCGAGUCUGUUCCAUUAGAUGGUCGCUUGAGAAUAGUCCACUUUGGCCCGGUACCUUCUGAAAAAGCUAUGCAGUUGAUGGCCUCCGCAUAUCAGGGAGGUCAACAUGUGUCUGAUAGAAGUGUCUUCUACUCGGAGAUUGAGACACUUAAGAUUAUAUUCCGGGAGACGGAUGAGAGGUGGAGGCGGGUGUGCAUUGACGGCAGAAUCAUUGCAGUCGAGUGUGAUGGCUGGAUGGAGAUAUACAAGGAGCCAGAAUGUCUAUUGAACAUCCUGACGUCCGUUGGGUUUUAA